AACUGGGGAGAAAUCAUGGCCAACUGUCAACCGAGUUCCCAAUUUGAGGACCAGAGCCCCCAGCCCAGCUCCUCAGGGCACCCCUUGGAGGUGACUGUCAAUGAAGAAAGCCCAGGACCGUCGUCAGCCCCCUGGGCCAGUUCCUGCCCCCUGCCUCCGUGUCCCGGCUGGAAGAGGAAAUGGUCAGUGGCCUUCCAAGAGGAGGUGGAGGACAAGACGGCGGCUGAGGCUGAGGACACCUGGGUCGUAGAGUCGCUCUGCGGGCUCAAGAUGAAGUUGAAGAGACACCAGGUGUCCGUGGUGCUGCCUGAACACCAUGAGAUCUUCAAAAGGAUGCUCGAGGAUCCCGUCAUUAAGAGAUUCCUGGCCUGGGACAAAAACUUGAAAGUAUCUGACAAGUAUCUCCUGUCGAUGGUGAUCGCCUAUUUUAGCCGUGCUGGCCUCUUCUCUUGGCAGUACCAGAGGAUCCAUUUCUUCAUAGCUCUGUACCUGGCCAACGACAUGGAAGAGGAUAAUCAGGCCCCGAAACAGUCCAUCUUCCCGUUCCUCUAUGGGAAGAACCGUGCCCAGCGUCCCUCGUUCCACAGGCUGCGCUUCCAGUUCAUCCGUUCCAUGGGCUGGAAGACUCGGGUCACUCGAGAAGAGUGCGAAAAGAUACAGGCUUUUGACCCGGAGCUCUGGGUGUGGGGUCGAGAUCGCGCCCUCUUGCCCUAGAGGCCCCAGGACCAUGCAGGCCUGAGGUCAUCGGCCUGA